AUGGUUUUCAGAUAUUCCCAGUAUCCAAAUAUUCCAGCUGUCAAUUUCCCAGAAAUCCAGCUCUGUCCUGCUAUGGAGGCCACAACCUGUAAUGGAUCAGUGGAUGGUUCACCAGUCUUCUACCUGGUGGGCAUACCCUCUUUGCCAGAAUCCUUCUUUCUUCCUGUGUUUUUUAUUUUCCUCCUGUUCUAUCUACUCAUCCUGAUGGGUAACACCCUGAUCCUGGUGGCUGUGGUGGCAGAGCCCAGCCUCCACAAGCCCAUGUACUUCUUCCUAACCAACCUCUCUGCUCUGGACAUCCUAUUUACCACAACCACUGUCCCCAAGAUGCUGUCCCUAUUCCUGCUUGGGGACCACUUCCUCAGCUUCCCUGCCUGCUUACUGCAGAUGUACCUCUUCCAAAGCUUCACAUGCUCUGAAGCCUUCAUCCUGGUGGUCAUGGCCUAUGACCGCUAUGUGGCCAUCUGCCACCCACUGCACUACCCUGUCCACAUGACCCCACAGACCAAUGUGACCCUGGCAGCAAGUGCCUGGCUUGCUGCCCUCCUCCUGCCAAUCGGAGCAGUUGUGAAAAUCUCCCAGAUGGCUUAUAACAACAGUGCUCAUAUCCACCAUUGCUUCUGUGAUCACCUGGCUCUUGUUCAGGCCUCUUGCUCUGACAAGACCCCCCAGACCCUCAUGGGCUUCUGCAUUGCCAUGGUGGUAUCCUUUCUGCCCCUUCUCCUGGUGCUUCUCUCCUAUGCCCACAUCCUGGCCUCAGUGCUUCGCAUCAGGUCCCAGGAAGGACGCUCAAAAGCCUUCUCCACCUGCAGCUCCCACCUCCUGGUGGUUGGCACCUACUACUCCUCCAUUGCCAUAGCCUAUGUGUCUUACAGGGCUGACCUGCCCCCUGACUUCCACAUCAUGGGCAAUGUAGCAUAUGCUAUUCUCACACCAAUCCUCAACCCUCUCAUUUAUACCCUGAGAAACAAGGAUGUCAAAGCAGCCAUCACCAAAAUGUCAUGUCUUAAGACCAAGUCUGAGAUAGGAACCAUUAGCUUUAAAAUGCAGCUAAUCCUGCUUUAG